GCCUCAGCCACAAUGGCUACUUCAGGUUCUGCAGGGAAGAGGCUGCUGAAAGAGGAAGACAUGACCAAAGUGGAAUUCGAAACCAGUGCAGAAGUGGACGUGGUACCCACUUUUGACUCAGUGGGUUUGAGAGAGGACCUGCUACGAGGCAUCUAUGCCUAUGGUUUUGAGAAACCAUCCGCAAUCCAGCAGCGUGCCAUCAAACAAAUCAUUAAAGGAAGAGACGUCAUCGCCCAGUCUCAGUCAGGUACGGGCAAAACGGCAACAUUUAGCAUUUCAGUCCUCCAGUGUUUGGAUAUUCAGGUCAGAGAAACUCAGGCUUUGAUCUUAGUCCCGACCCGGGAAUUAGCUGUACAAAUUCAAAAGGGUCUUCUUGCUCUGGGUGACUACAUGAACGUCCAGUGUCACGCCUGCAUCGGGGGGACAAAUGUAGGCGAAGAUAUCAGGAAGCUGGACGGGGGGCAACACGUCAUCACUGGCACUCCGGGUCGCGUAUUUGACAUGAUCCGGCGCAGAAGUUUAACAACUCGUGCUAUCAAGAUGUUGGUUUUGGAUGAAGCUGACAAGAUGCUUGAUAAAGGAUUCAAGGAACAGAUUUAUGAUGUGUACAGAUACCUGCCUCCUUCUACUCAAGUGGUUCUGAGCAGCGCCACGUUGCCUCACGAGAUCUUGGAAAUGACCAAUAAAUUCAUGACUGACCCGAUUCGCAUCCUGGUAAGACGUGACGAGUUGACUCUCGAGGGAAUCAAACAGUUUUUCGUGGCGGUGGAAAGAGAAGAGUGGAAAUUUGACACCGUGUGUGACCUUUAUGAUUCUUUGACCAUCACUCAAGCAGUCAUCUUUUGUAAUACCAAGAGGAAGGUAGACUGGCUGACUGAGAAAAUGAGAGAAGCCAACUUCACCGUUUCCUCAAUUCACGGAGACAUGCCCUCAAGAGAAAGGGAGUGCAUCACCAAAGAGUUUAGAUCCGGUGCAAAUAGAGUUCUCAUUUCCACAGAUGUCUGGGCUAGAGGAUUAGACAUUCCUCAAGUCUCUCUCAUCAUUAACUAUGACUUGCCCAAUAACAGAGAAUUAUACAUCCACAGGAUCGGGAGAUCAGGUCGAUAUGGCCGAAAGGGCGUCGCAAUUAAUUUUGUCAAGAGUGAGGAUAUUCGUAUCCUCAGAGAUAUUGAACAGUACUACUCAACUCAAAUUGAUGAAAUGCCCAUGAAUGUUGCUGAUCUCAUCUGA